GAGUAUUUAGCUACUCGGUAGCGCUGACUAGUCUACCGGUAGCACUCUGAAUCCUUCUCACAAAAAAUCUUCUCACAGAAAGUAAACCACUCUUGUCCCAAAAACCUUAAAACCUUCCACAAAGAGUACCUGCUUCUUCCCAAUCCAUCUUCAAACAACGUGACAAUGCUUCCAUCCACAUCUGCAGUUACCUUCAUCCAUACCGGUACACCCGAGUCUAGUAGAAGUCUAAAUGUACCAACGGCAAGCCUUUCAGAACUGAUUACUCGAGGAGCCAUGGUGAGGAAUGCCGAUGCAGCAAACGCACGCGAUGGUCCUGCUAGUAGAGCAAACUUGGGACAUCCAUUGAUUCCUCCUCGUCCGAUCCUCAACACUGGUGUCGCAAUUGCACCUGCUCCCGCAGACGGCCGCCCAACGGAUGGCUUGCAUCGAACGCUUCAGGCCACCAUCCUCGCAGCCCUUGAUAUCAUCUUGGAUGAGGAGGAAGACGAUGACAUGUUCUUGUGACUCCUCCUUGAAGGCUCUGUAGACCGACGGUGCAGCGAAUGACUACAAGCAGAGGAUACAGCAGAUCGCCAGAGGUCGGCAAGAAGUGAAGAUGUUCUUGCAUGCAUCUACAUGCACGUACAAGCAAGAUACAUUAUGGCAGCUAGAUAGUAGUCGUAGAAAAGUAUAGAUAUCCGAUUUACGUCC